AUGGAUUGCUUUAAAUGUGGUGAUAUUGAACAUAUUCAGUCCGUUUGUAAUACUACUGUUCAUCUCGCUGCAACUAAUAUUAAGUCUUGUACUUCUAAUUCUAUUAAGUUGAGUAUUUAUAAUGAUCAUUUGCCUUUAUCAAAGAUUUCAAAAGACAGUAAUCCUUGCGAGAUAACAGUUUCUAAUCAAUCGAUUUAUCACAUUUCUCAAGUUAUUGUACAAGAUAUGGUUUUUCUCAAUGAUUCACUUAUUUCUGACGAAAUUUCUUGCAAAUCUGAGGAAAAUAUAUUGAAUGAACAUAGUCAUGAUCGAAAACGUGAUGAAGUUUUGAUAGAUGCUGAUUUUUCUAGUGAUCCUUUACUCUGCAACUACAUUCUUAAUAAAUUUGAGGAAACUAUUUCAGAAGAAUCAAAUCGUCAUGUUCUAUCAAAUAUUAUUUGUCCUCAUAAUGCCUUUGUUUCUUGUGGGAAACUUGUUCAAUGCGAAGCACAAGUACUAAAUGAGCUCGAGUUUGAUUACAGUUCAAAUGAUUUCAUAUCAACUGCUGUUUAUCCUCAUCACGAAGUCAAUUCUAAUGUUUACUCUGAUCAAUCUGAGAAAUAUAUAGUGGUUGCGGUACACAACCAACACGUUGAUUGUAUACAAUCCCAGGAACCAAGUGAGACUGUUCCGAUUUCGGUUGUAAAUUCCAAUACUAAUGAGCACAUUCUACAUAAUACAGAGUUUUUAUCCAAUACAAUGUCGGACAGACACAGGAUGAACUUAAGAAGACGUACCAUCGAUUAUAGACACUUUGACUAUAAUUUAAGAUGUGGCGGAUGUGGUGUAUGA